UAGGGUGAAAAUAUGCACUUGGUAUUUAUGUAUACAUAAAUACCUAUUUAUGUAUAAGUAUCCAACUUUAUACCUUAUUGAUUUAAGAUGCGUAAGUUAUCAUGUGCAGAAGCACAUCAACUGAACACGUUUCGCGUAAAUUUACAGUCUGUGAGUCCAGUAUGCUUUUAGAAUCGACUCGAGGUGAAUUUGGAGCGGUGGCAUUCAGUUGGCUUAUGCAAAACAGCGUUUGCGACAAGCUCCAACCCGCAAUAGCGUUAGAAAUUAAGUAUUUACUUUUCCCUACCAAAUUUCCUUAAUUUGUACCCACUUCCAUAUUUAUAUGUACAUUUACGCAUCAACUCGACAUGAUCGUGGACGCUUUGUACGGAAAGUAAGGAGAAAUUAUAACUUAUCAAAAAAUAAUUUCAUACAGAUUGUAAAUAUAUUUAGGAAAUAAGAAUUUGGAGAAACUUAAAUUUGUUUCCGUAUUUUUAUUGCACGUGUUUUUGUGUUAAGAAUAUAUAUCAAAAAUCUAAUUCAUAUCUUCAAUUAAACAAUUUGUCUAAAUUCGUAUAAUCUUUCUUCAUCCUUCAGGUUUCUAAACCUCGUCGUAUAUCUUUUCGACAUUGUAAUUCCAAUUGUUCGUAAAAUCCGGUACUUUCUUCUCCUCCUGUGUACCCCAAUUUUGAAACCGAUUGGAUAUUCAGCCGGAUCGGAGUCACUAUGAACUACGAGGCCAAAUCCCACCCGGACAUUUGCAUCAAGGAUACCCGAUUCUACGCGAGAUUAUGGUCCGAUCAUCAGCUCGGUUUUGAAGAAAUGUACACGGAGAGUUGGUGGACGUCGGAAAACCUUGGACAGUUGUACGAUAAGAUGUUCAUCUUUAUCAACAAGUACAGAUUGUGGGGAAGUAUGGAUGAGAUUUGACGGGUGCAUUUAUAUGGUGGUCCCGUAGUACAAAGGAGUACGUCUGGGGCUACACCGGGAGAUGCUUUCCUUCGAUGGAAGCCGGGGUCACCAAAUUUUUGCACUAUACCGUUAUUUCUCAUUCCUACAAGAUGGAUUAUGAAGGUCCACGUUGCAUACUGGGAGGGCAAAUUUAGAUGGGGCAUGCUGAACACGGGGCGGCAAGAUUCAAACCACAUAAUGUCACUGGAAUAUGAAUUACCCGUCGAAUAUUUCAAACUGAUCACCGACCAGGAAAAUAUGCAACACUCGUCCGGUUACUUUGCCACCGGAGCGUCCACUUUUGCCGAGGCUCAAGUCGAAAAGCUGAAGCUUAUCGCAUCAAAACUACAACUUAGACCUGGGAUGACGCUGAUAGAUGUCGGCUGUGGAUUUGGCGGUCUUCCAAAAUUCAUGGCGGACAAUUAUGGCGUCUCUGUUACAGGAGUUACUCCUUCCGAUUCUAUGGCAAAAACUGCGAGGAAUCACUGUUGUCGGAGCCAAGUAACGAUUCUUCAACAAGAUUGGAGAAAAAUGGAGGGAAAAUUUGAUCGAAUUACAGUCAUAGAGAUGCUGGAUCACGUGAGAAAGCAGAAUUACGACGAAUUUUUUAGAAAAAUCCAAUCUCUUUUGAAGCCUGGUGGACGCGUACUCCUUCAGCAUUACGCCAUGGACCCUGGCCAUUUCCACUUUACCGAGUUUCUCUGCAAAUACCAAUAUGGUCUUAUUUACUUCUCCACUCUGUCCGAUGUGGUCAGUCACGCUUCCAACUAUUUUCACAUUUCCAACGUCCACGACAUUUCCUGCGAUGCGGAAGAAACUUACAAACACUUUAUCGACAUGGUGGAAACUAAUCGAGACAAGAUGACAACUUUGGCUGGGCCCAAGGUCUGGAAGGCCUUCGAAUCACGUAUGCCUUGGCGCAAGGUGGCCUUAAAUGCAGAGCGAUCAAGGCCUACCAAACCGUCCUGGUUCGCAAGGAUGACAAGGGAAGGGCUCCAUUAAAAUGAUCCCAUAUGAGUAUACUCAUAUGCGGGUCCCAUUAAAAUGAAAUUACACAACAUUUUUUUCGUCUGACCCCAAGAUAUUCCAUAAGACUAUGCUAAAAUACUACUUUUUUGCAGUAAAUAUAUUUAGACUACAUAGUGAUACUUGGCCUCGACUGUAAAAUCAUCGCGAAAUUAUUUAUGCUUGAAUCUACAUAUUUAUAAAGUAUGAAGUAUUUAUGUAAUGUUUGUGCACAACGGCUAAAAGUGAUUGAG